AUGCCUCGAAUGCUCACGUCUGCCCCAACCCAUCAUCCGAUCAUACAAGGCUACUUAGUCAUCUAUAACUUACUCAUGUUCCUUAUUCACUAUUUUGUUUUUGUGGAUGUGUUACAUGAAGUUAAGAAGAAUAACUAUUCCUAUUUCCAUCAUUUUGAAACUUUGAGAAUCGCUACUGCUCUUCAGCUGUUCGAUGUUUUCCAUGGCCUGAUCGGAUUGACGAAAACAAACUUUGUAGUUGGACUUUUCCAAGUCUUCGGACGUCUCUUCGUUCUUCAAUGUAUUCAUGGCAUUGACAGUUUGUACAAAGAAGUUUUCCCAGUACUUGUCUUAGUUACUGCUUACUUGCUUAUUGAGUUAAUUCGUUAUCCUUAUUACUGCCUUAGGGCAAUCAACCAGACAUGGAAGCCAAUCACUUUUCUCAGAUACAACGCUUGGAUCGUCCUCUAUCCCAUUGGAUUUGUUUGUGAAUAUAACACAUUGGCUCGAGUUGGAUAUACUCAUUACACACGCGGAACUUUUGCUCCUUAUGUUCCUAACUGCUUGGCAAAUUUCUAUUUCUUUGUCUUCGUUGGAAGUGUACUGACUGUUCUGAUCAUAUAUUUGGCUCAGUUCCUUCUAAGCCACAUGGACAAACAACGUCAAAAACAUUACAAUAAGGCUUUGAUCUUCCCGACAGUUAGAAGAAUCCAAUUGAAAGCCAGACAAUUGUGGCGCAAGUAUAGUACUAAAUCUUAUUAA